AUGUCGACUCAUCUCAUCCAAACCAAGGAUAUUUAUCACGGAUUACCUAUUUUUCCAGAAGACACAGAGAACCUGACAGCUGUUGUCACUGGAGCCAAUGGCAUUUCAGGCACACACAUGCUCCGUGUCUUGUGCGAAUCUCCAAAACGUUGGGAAAAGAUUUAUGCAUUGUCUCGAAGGCCCCCCUACCUUGAGCUUCCGCCUCAAGUCGAGUUCAUCUCAAUGGAUUUCUUGAAGAGUCCUGAGGAAAUUGGAACGCAGUUCAAGGAAAAGGGUCUCAAAUGUGAUUACGUCUUCUUCUUUGCCUACAUCCAACCAAAGCCUCAAGAUGAUGCUCAUAUGUGGAGUGCCGCGGAUGAGUUGGUGAAUGUCAACAUAUCACUUCUCAGAAACUUUUGUGAGGGGCUUGCUAUCGCGGAUACCUUGCCCAAGCGAAUCCUUCUUCAAUUUGGGACGAAAUACUAUGGCGUUCACCUCGGACCCAUGGCUGUUCCCAACGAAGAAAGCGACAAGCGCAUCGAUCUCGAACCAAACUUCUACUACAACCAAGAGGAUUAUCUCAAGACCUUUUGUGCCAAACAUGGGAUAUCUUGGAAUACUACACGACCUUCAUGGAUUCCCGGAAGUGCUCCAGAUGCGGCCAUGAACCUAUGCUAUCCUCUUGCGGUGUACGCCACAGUGCAAAAGCACCUAGGCCAGCCACUCACGUACACAAGCGACCUCAAGGCAUGGGAAACAACGACAACCCUCUCCAGUGCCAUGAUGAACGGCUAUUUCUCUGAAUGGGCCGUCCUGACCGAGGAUGCAUCUAACGAAGGCUUCAACGUAUGCGACGACAGUGCCUUCACCUGGGGAAAAUUCUGGCCCAAAUUCGCAGGUCACUUCGACAUGCCAUACGAAGGUCCUGAUGUCAAUGGAAAGUUCAGUGAGGCAAUGACACCAUAUGAGCCUCCACCUAGAGGUUUCGGACCAGCAGCUGUGCAACGCUCAAAGUUUACGUUGACAGAGUGGGCGAAGAGACCGGAAGUACAAAAGGCGUGGAGAGAACUCGUCGAAAAUCAUGGAUUGAUCAACAAGGAGUUUGGUGAUGUGGAUAGGAUCUUUGGGUUCACGGACAUGGCACUCUCGAUGUCAUAUCCGAUACUUUACAGUACUACAAAGGCGAGAAAGCUCGGUUUCUUUGGAUUCGUUGACUCUAUAGAGUCUAUCUUCAAGGUCUUUGACGAUUUUGUGGGGUUGAAGAUGAUCCCACCGAGGUAA